ACAUCAAGCCUCAUAGUCAUAAUAUGUGCGGGGUUUUUGCCUACUGUAGUUAUCUCCAAGAGAAGUUAAAGCCUUAUAGCUUCACCUCCUACACUCUGGACCUUGUAUCUGAUCAUGCUUCGUGUUAUUACGAUAGGACCGCAAGGCUGUUUGCGACAUUCUCGUCAAUGGCCUCGCACGACAAGAAUACCGAGGAUACGAUUCUGCUGGUAUCGGUAUCGACGGGGAUAGGUAGCGCGAGAUGAUAUUCUUCACGGAGGUCGGAAAGGUCACUGGUCUCCGCGAAAAGAUUGCAGUGUCGAAUAUUGACAUGGACAAGGCUUUUCUAUCACAAGUGUCCAUUGGCCAUACCCGGUGGGCGACGCACGGCCCACCAUCCACAGCUAACUGCCACCCUGUCAAGUCCGACCCAACCGCAGAGUUUACUGUUGUUCACAACGGCAUUGUCACGAACACCGUUGCCCUCCGCCUCCUCCUCCAGAAGCGCGGCUACCACUUCGAGACGGAUACCGACACUGAGGCUGUCGCAAUCCUUUGCAAGUACAUCUAUGACUCGCAACCAGACGAACGACUGGGCUUCACCGAGCUGGUCAAGACCGUAUUGAAGGAGCUCGAAGGUUCGUUCGGGUUCGUCUUCAAGUCAGCGCACCACCCCAACGAGGUUGUCGCUGCUCGCCGCGGUUCACCUCUCCUCAUCGGUGUCAAAACUGAAAGGAAGCUUAAGGUUGAUUUCGUCGAUAUCGAGUUCCCGGAUCUGGAGGCCGAGAAGAGCAUUGAUGCGUUCGCCGCUGCCACCUCUCCCAGUGGUCUCCUUGUGCCGCCCUCGCAGAACAAUCUCAUGCGUACACAAUCUCGCGCGUUUAUGUCAGAAGAUGGUAUGCCGCAGCCCAUUGAGUUCUUCGUCGCAUCCGAUGCCGCUGCUAUUAUUGAGCAUACGAAACGUGUAAUCUACCUCGAGGACGACGAUAUUGCGCACAUUGCUGAAGGCGAGCUGCAUAUCCAUCGCCUCCGCCGCACCGAUGAUCCCCCGGUCUCCUCGAUCCGCGCGAUCGAGACUCUCGAACUCGAGCUCGCCCAAACCAUGAAGGGAAAGUUCGACCACUUUAUGCAGAAAGAGAUUUAUGAACAGCCUGAAUCCGUUGUGAAUACCAUGCGCGGACGUAUCAACUUCGACCAGCACGUCAUCACGCUUGGCGGUCUCCGUCAGUACCUCAGCAUCAUCCGUCGCGGUCGCCGCAUUAUCUUCUGCGCAUGUGACACCUCAAACCACUCCGCCCUUGCCACCCGCUCCAUCUUCGAGGAGCUUACGGACAUUCCUGUCACCAUCGAGCUCGCGUCCAACUUCCUGGACCGCAAGACCCCCAUUUUUCGUGACGACGUUUGCGUGUUUGUAUCGCAGAGUGGUGAGACUCUCGACACCAUCUGUGCAAUGCGCUACUACCUAGAGAGAGGUGCGCUUUGUGUUGGUGUCGUCAACACUGUCGGUUCGACAAUUUCGCGUGAGACCCACUGUGGCGUCCAUAUCAACGCCGGUCCCGAAAUCGGUGUCGCGUCAACCAAGCUUUCGGAGGACCGCGCCUCUAUGGCGGAGCGCCGCAAGCAGAUCAUCGACGGCCUUCACGCGCUGCACUCGCUGAUCAAGCGUGUUCUCGAGGGCGACCGUAGCUUACAGGAGCUUGCAUCCGGCGCGCUCGCAAACCAGCGGAGUCUGCUCAUCAUGGGCCGUGGCUACCAGUACGCAACCUGCCUUGAGGGAGCGCUCAAGAUCAAGGAGAUCUCGUACAUGCACUCGGAGGGCAUCCUCGCCGGCGAGCUCAAGCAUGGCCCGCUCGCGCUCAUCGACGAGAACAUGCCGGUGAUUAUUAUUAUGACCCAGGACUCGCUCUACCCCAAAGUGCAGUCCAGCUGCCAGUUAUCGUUCUCUCUGACAUUUAUACCUUCUCAUUCAGACCUGUCGUCGCACUUUUCCUUCCUCUCUGUGUCGGGCGCUGUGGAAUUCAGAUGUGGCAAAUCUCCUAGAAAGACGAAACGAGACGUUUGUUGUUAAACGGGUGUCUGCAAUGGUGUGAAGGCUUCCGCCUUGGAGAAAUGAGCUUAUCAAUAACAUAUUUG